AUGAUCAAAGAAUGGCGCGAAGAUCCCGUGAUCGCCCGCGCGGUGAACAAGGACAAACUCUGCAGGAACAUCAUCACCAUCGGCUCCACCGGCGACCAGCAGUACCUCAACAUGGUCGCUUUCCAGCAGGCUUUGGAUAUUUACAACCAGGAGAUUCAAAAGCGGGAUCAGGAGCGCCUGCAGAACGACUUGAAGAAAGCCAUACAGGAUGCCGAUAAAUAUCGGGAGCUAUAUGAGGAGCAGAUCGGCGAUAUCCGAGAUCUCAACGAGCAGUUGCGCAGCUCUCAACGGGAAACUAUCGCCCUGAUGGCCCCCUCAGCCCGAGGCGGCCGCAAUCUAAUCAGCCCCUCCCCUCACCCAACGCUGCUUUCAGGGGCCGGCUAA